AUGAAAAUUUCACAAGAAAACGUUGAUGUUCGUACAUUGAUUGAAGUUUUAAGUCUAUUCACAGAACUUACUACAUUAAAAAUUCAUUCUUUAUCAUUACAUGAACCAACAAUGUUAAAUUCUGAAGAACUUUUUAUUUUGUUUUCAACAGAAGAUACUAGUAAAGUUACAAAAGUAUAUCUUGAGAUAAUGAAUGAUAUUGAAGAUUUUAAUUUUCUUUUGAAAUUAUGUCCUUAUAUGAAAUAUUUCAAAGUGGAUUCUAUAAAACGUAUUGAUUUCAAAUUUGUUCUACGAUAUAUUUUUCAAAAAAUUAAAGAUGAUAUUAAUGAUAAUCUUCGUUUAUUGUGUUGUCCUAUUCCAACAACAGAUGAUGAAAUGAUUUAA